UGAAACGAGAUGAACUAAAGACAUAUUAUCAAUCUAUAGUCUUGUGACAAUACGUAACAUUUAAAACAGUUUUGUGAGAGGAAAAUAUUUAAAUUUCAGAUAACAUUACAAGUUAUAAAACAGGAUGUAUCGAUUCCACAUAUUCCUCUUUAUUCUGUUGAUAAUUCAAGACAGUAAUUUCUUGUUGUUUCUUGUGAUGGGACAGUCUCAAGAUUUUGUUGUUUGCCAACCAGAAUGCCGUCCCCUGUCUCGGAGACAUGAAUCAGUGAACAUUUGGAAGUUUUGUAACGAUUGCUGCACGUAUAAUUUUCGUGCUUUAAACAGACUUUAUGUCAAAGAAACUUGUGAAAUAAAUUCGACUAGCUACUUUUUUUCGAAUGUGUCCCGGGAUUCAAACUUUAAAGUUACACAUCGGCAUGGCUGUUUGACCUCGAUUCCAGGAAAAAUUUGUAAUUUUCCAAGAAUACAAUAUCUAGAUCUUGAAAACAAUAAAAUAACGCAAUUACCAAAGUUGUCUUGUUUGAGAGAAUUGGUGAUUUUAGAUUUAAGAGACAACCAAAUUCAGGUUUUAAAAGCCGGGAUAUUUGAUGGCAUGAACAAAUUACGCACCAUUUACUUGUUCAGAAAUGAAAUUCAUACAAUAGAGAUGGGAGUCUUUCAUAAUGGAUUAAAGAAAAUAAAUCAAGUCGGCUUGGAUCAUAAUAAUUUGACAGAGGUUGACGUAGUUUGGGCCCUGGGCAUGACACAUAUUUUCUGUUUAUUUGAUGCGAGUAACAACAAAAUUACAAAACUUACCAACAAAUCUAACUUCACAAUGGAUCCGAGCAAAACGUAUGGACCUGGUGUAAUAUAUUUGAACGACAACAGCCUGAAAAUUUUGGACACAAAAAUGUUCGAUGCCAUAGGAAAUCCCUUGACAUCAUUGCUGAGCACUUUGCUGUAUUGGUAUAUUAUCGUGGACCGUAAUCCAUGGCAUUGUGAUUGCCGAAUACAUCCAAUAGCAGCUUUGGCUUCGAGUACGGCUAUAAGAACAUUGAUGGGUGCCCUAAAUGGUUCAUCUACUGAUUUUAUCUGCAACACUCCGCCCAAUUUAAAGGGUCAGCCCGGUAUGAUACAUCGCAAUUUAUCUGAUUUUGUGUGCAACAUCACCGAUUCCUGUCCUUCCGGAUGUUUAUGUCAGGAUCAACCAGAAGCUGAUAGAAUGGUCAUUAAUUGUCAGAAUGCUGGACUCGCAGAAAUGCCGAAACGUUUACCAUUCCAUGAGAAAUUAUUUCUGAACUUUCAGAACAAUUCCAUUGGCAUCUUACCAGAACUUCCUUAUAUGAGCCGAAUUGUUCAUCUGGACAUUUCAAAUAACAAUUUAACAAAUAUUUCAUCAGAGUUUACCAGUUCUGCUGAUAAAUUGAAGUAUUUGAAUCUUGCCAACAACAGGCUGAAAUAUCUUCCAGAAACUAUCCAGAAGUUACUAUCAACAGAGAUUGAUCUUUCUAAUAACAUGUUAAUUUGUUCUUGUGAUAAUUUGUGGUUAAAUGGUUGGUUUGAAUCAAAACCUAACAUUAAAAACAGAUCUAAUAUAACUUGUUCUACAGUUAAUGGCGAUGGGAGAAUAACUAUUGUUAAUUCACAACUAGAUGAAUUUAACUGUCGAGUUUCUAACUCUGUAACUAUAAGUAUUGUGUUGGGUAUAUUUAGUUUUCUGUCCAUUUUAUUACUUAUUGGCAUUAUUUACUUCCGGUUCGAGAUAAUGGCGUCAUAUCAUAUUUAUAUUUUACCCAAGAUGAAACGGAAAUGGACGCCGGAAGUUGGAGAAGAUGAGCAGAACCAACAUGAUAUAUUUGUUCUGGUAAAUGAUGAACAUGCUCCCGAUAGAUUGUGGGUUAUAGCGAAUCUUAUUCCAUAUUUUGAUCGAAAUUUGAUAAAAUCUUACAUUUCAUUCCGUGAUGGUAUAAUAGGGGAGGUAACUGCCGAUGCUAAUAUUACCAAUAUACAUAACAGUCGUACCGUUCUAGCCGUUAUGUCAAAAUCUCUUUUAGAUGAUCCUUUAAAAGGGUUUGAAUUAAAUGAAUCCUAUUGUCAUAAAAUUAAACAAGGGAAUGGUCAGUUAGUUCUGAUUAAACGGGAGGAAUUUAACCCAACACUUGUUAACAACGGACAUAUUCAGGCUAUGUUCCGUUUAAAACAGUUUAUUAACGCUGAUGAUGUCGACCUUACUGAGAAAAUCUCCUUGCAGAUUGAUAGGCUACAGAACUAACCCAAGAUAAUGUCAUAUAGAAUCAUGUUUUUAUUUAUUUUUAACUUCAUGUUAUUAUAUAGAUUAUAUGCCUGAGACUGUAGUCUGCACUAACCCAGGAUUAUGUCAUAUAAUAUCAUGUUUGUUUAUUUAAUUUUUAAAUUCACCACAUUAUACAAAUUAUAUGCAUGAGGCUUCGGACUGUAGGUUUUAGCACUAACCCACAGUUACGUCAUAUAAAAUCAUGUCGUUUUUUUAUUUUUUAAAUUCAUCUUGUACAGAUUAUAUGCAUGAGGCUGGAGGUGACUUAAUAAUAUCAAACGAUCACCUGAACAUAGAACAUCUGUCACAGACACAGUCAAUAAUAAAUACAAUACUUUUCUCUUAAUUUUUACCAGGUACCAGGACAGUCAAUAUUAUUACCUGUGCCAGGUGUUCAAGGGUUAAUUGUAUUAUAUCUUUAAUCAUACUCAACUUAGGCUGUCUAUAGUUGACUCCUCUUAAGAAUAGACACUAAGCUCAUUGACAGACAUUUUCUGUCCUAAAUCGACGACUUUAGUCGAAAACACUAAGUAUAUUUCGAGAAUUUCGGGAAAUAUAUAUUGAAAAGGUUUAAUUAGUGUUUUUAUGUAUAACAGAUAUGAACCGGAGUAGGGCCGAAUUCCGAAACAGUAUGCUAAUUGUUGGAUAUGGCGGCCAUUUAAUGCAGUGGUCUAUUCUCGAAGUAAAAAGUACAAGGAUCACUGUGUGUAGAAUGAUCUUUAAUAAAUUGUAAAAUACAUAAAGUCAAACGUUUUAGUAAACUUACUAUUAUUACUGUUAGUUGAAUGCUUAUUUAAUUGUUGUUUUUUGUUUAUUUUCUUGUAAAUGUACAUUUAUAAUAUCUUGUAUACUCGUAAUGACAUCCAUUAAACAGUAUAUACUUCGUA